AUGAAGUUCAUCGCCGUCGUUGCCAGUGCCGUCGUUGCUGUUUCCCUCACCGGAUGCAGUGAUGAUGAUAGCACCACUACUUCUGCCCCUGCUACUACAGUGGCUCCUACCACCGGUUUCCUCCAGUCUACUACUAGUGCCCCAACUGGUUCUGUCACCUGUCAGGCGCCCAGUGGCAAGUAUUGCGGUAGCUACAUGGGUGAGCCCGCUGAAGUCACCAUCGACAACGACAACUUCUCGAUGAACCUCGCUGGUCAGAUGUCCUGUGACGACGUCCCCUUCACUAUGUCCUCUGACUGCUCCGAGCUUGUCCUCGACUCGACUAAUCCCUCAUACGAGGCUAUGGCCAAGUCUGCUGAGAUGCCAGCCCCAUUGUUAGCUCAGAUGAUGUUGUGCGAUUACAACUCUACUUCUGACGUCUUUACUCUUGACGUUACUCAGAUUUGUGGUCACAGCCUGGACAUGACUCCUGCUCAGUGCUCCAACUAA